CCUAACGUAAUAGCCUGGUGACAACGAGGUUACUGCAUGCUUUUAUUUUAUUAAAUGGGAGGAAACUGAGAAGGAACGGGGAAAUAAUGGACCAGUAACUCCAUCUGUGUUUCGGGCUGGAGAACAGUAGCAAGCAACAGCAACAGCCCUGUACGAGGUCUCUACCCGGUGUCUGUCAUUACAAGCUGUGAGUAGCUAAUACAAGCUGCGCGCGCUCCGCAUCUCCACUCUAUCCGGCCCUUUUCACUCAAGGCAUUCUCUGUGCGCACCUUACCAUGUAGCCAGACGCAGAGUCGUGCCACAUACAUUUAUUCAUUUUCUUGCGUAGACAAAUUUUCAAUGAUCUCGAUCUUUUGUAUAACUUAUUUCAGCAUGAUGGCAAAUUAUCAAAGGUUGUUUAUUUUGGAAGGUGAAUUCAAAUGGCAGAGCUGUCAAACCUCGUUUCGGCUGAACGUAUUGGAGAGGUGUUUGAGAAUGUUUCAUGGUGGGAAAUGAAGACCCAUUGAACUCAGAUAAACGGAAUAAAGUUUUACAUUGGAUUAUAUUUAAUCGAUUUUAAAGGUGGGAUGUCAUAGUCCGAGUUACUUGGCUAUCUGAGAGACAUUGAGGAACCAGUGCCACCAUGGACUCCUGGGUGUUCCCCUCCUCGCUCCCCAACCUAACCGAAGAACCCCUGAUGUACGACAGCUUUAUUCUGGGCAACGAGUCAACGGAACCCAAUGGUACCUAUACGGGUGACAACACGUUCAACCAGACCAGCACCAUGGUCAUCACCUUCCUCUACUUCCUGGUGUGUGGUAUCGGUCUCUGUGGCAACGCCCUUGUGAUCUACGUCAUCCUGCGCUACGCCAAGAUGAAGACGGUCACGAAUAUUUACAUCAUGAAUUUGGCAGUCGCAGAUGUUCUGUUCAUGUUGGGGUUACCGUUCAUCGCCAUUCAGCUGGCGCUGGUCCACUGGCCAUUCGGUGCGGUGCUGUGCCGCGUGGUCAUGACCGUGGACUCACUCAACCAGUUCACCUCCAUCUUCUGCCUUAUGGUCAUGAGCAUCGACCGCUACCUGGCCGUUGUGCACCCCAUCCGGUCCACCAAGUGGCGCAAGCCACGUAUGGCCAAGACCAUCAACCUGGCGGUGUGGGGGGUGUCACUCCUGGUCAACCUGCCUAUCAUAAUCUACAGCGGUUUAAUCACCAAGCACAACAGUUGCUUCUGUACCAUCGUGUGGCCGGAGCCUGAGGAGGCCUACUACACCGCCUUCAUGUUCUACACCUUCGUCCUGGGUUUCUUCCUCCCGCUCAUGGUCAUCUGCCUGUGUUACCUUCUCAUCAUCAUCAAGGUGAAGUCGUCAGGGAUCCGUGUCGGGUCCACUAAGAGGAAGCGCUCGGAGAGGAAGGUGACCCGCAUGGUGUCCAUCGUGGUUGCCGUGUUCGUCUUCUGCUGGCUGCCCUUCUAUGUCUUCAACGUGACGUCGGUGACAGGAACCAUCUCCACCACGCCCUUCCUGAGAAGCACCUUUGCCUUCGUGGUGGUCCUGGGUUACGCUAACUCGUGUGCCAACCCCAUCCUUUACGCGUUCCUGUCGGAGAACUUCAAGAAGAGCUUCCAGAACGUUCUGUGUCGGAAGAAGGUGGGCGGGCUGGAUGUGAUUGAGCGCAGCGACAGCAAGCAGGACAAGUCGCGCAUGAUGAAUGACCCCACGGAGACUCAAAGCACGCUGCUCAAUGGAGACCUGCAGACCAGCAUUUGAUGCUUGUUAAUUCUAAUGCAUCCCUUAUGUGUGAUCUAUACAGACAUCUUUGAUUUCACAUCAACUCUCCCUCAACCUCACAAGCUCACCACACACAAACAAAUAAACUAACAAAACGCACACACACCACACACACACACACACACACACACACACACACACACACACAGGUGUUUCUGCAGCUGGAAUCGGUCAUCCUGACCUGUUAUCAUGCCCUAUGAACAGCUCACAUAGGGAGAGUGAUUGUCGUUGAUCUCAUGGUGUGAUAUUUUGUAAGCAUUUUCUUCUCACUGUGGACGAGAUGAAAAAAAUGCCAAAGGAACUAAGCCCUCAUGGUGUCUGCUCCUCAACGGCUGUUAUCAUGUUCUUUAUGUCUCAUAUCUCUGUUUACCAACUCUCUCUUUACUUUCUCAAAAGACAUACAAUGACAUGACAUUGGGUUUUCCUGGUCGUAAAACCCACACAUUGUGAUAUCUUCAUAAAGGAGAGAACAUAAACUGUAGUUGUGACUGCUCUCUGGUGUUUGGGUGGAAAGCUGAAGAUGUGUACUGAGUGUAUUGACGCUGGUGGACAGUGACAGGAUCAUGUGAGGACCAGAACAGGGUUGUGUUCAUUAGGCCCCAAACGGAAGAAAAGGGACUGAAACCGGGAAGUGCUACCUGAAAUGGUCUAAUAAGAAACAUGCGUUUUCCGCUGCAGAACAUUUUGACAUGUCCCAGACUGUUACCUACGGUUACUGAUUGACAGCAGACGAGACUUAACCAUGGAGAACAAGGAUUCCCUGCACAUAGGUUUACACUAGCAGGGUGAACCACCACCUCAAUCAGUCUUUGUCACAUUGUCCUGUAGCCAAGAUAAAUACCAGACUAGGACGUAGGAAGUAUGCCAAAGUGAGACUAGGACUAUAGCAGACUCACUGUGUGCAUAUUGUCUGUUUACAAAGAUUGUGUCCAAAAUGGUGGGCAGAAUGUGGAAUUAGUAACAUGCCUCUAUUCUUAGAUACUGUAUUACUUAACACAACAGUGAACAGCAGGCCACAUCACCUCUGGAUCACUACACCAAGGUGUAGUUUGCUUAUCUAAUGACUUACUACAGAGAGAGGAGGAACAGUAGAGAUACUGGGACUACUUUGAAAUGACAUAAAAACACAUUAUAUCCCACAUGGUUAAUUUGCUGGCACAAGUCCUGCUGAGACUUAUACUGUCCAAAUAUGGACUCCGCAAAGUCAGUUUAACAUUAUGGUUGACUUUAGUGGGUUUUUUUAACCUCAGAAAGACACAUAUUUGCUGUGGACAAAUAUUCAUCAGUGAGUCAUGGACCUACAGCGCACAGCUGAACAGAGUUACAGAGUUGGAAUCACAUGACCUAAUGAUGACUGUAUGAAGUCCCCCGAUAACUAUGAAUGCACCCUUACUAUGUAAUUGAACAGUUUCUCUCCCUGUGUGUGAGAGAGAGUGAGUGUACACGUGUGUGUGUGUGUGUGUACUGUACACCGUGUUUUAUUUGAUACAGCAUUCAGUCCAAGGCCAUGAUUAGUAGAAGUGUAGAAUGAGUAGAUAUUGUACCCAAUAUGGGUACCAGGUGACCUCACCAGGAAAAACUCAGGGCCCAAAUUAGAAUUCUAGCCCAGAGUGUUUCUUGGUCAGGUCACAUGACCAGUAAGGGUGCAGAGUCCUACUACAGAGAUGAAUGCUGACAUUUUGUUAUAUUGACGGUAUUAGCAUGGCAUCGACCAAGGCUAAUCACUAACCAAACUGCUGCUAGACUGUAUAGACUCCAAUGUGUGCUGUAAUUGUCAAGUCAACAUUGUCAUGUCGUGGUUGAGAAUCAUUUAAUUAAUUUUUCGUCCAAGCUGAAUAGAACUGUUUGAUAGUUUAGAUAGCAAAGACAAUGCAUUUUUCAAUCCUAUUGUCCAGUCCUAUUUGAAACCAUCCCUUGUCACGUUUCACCUCAUUCAUAAAUUGUUGCUAUUGCUGUUAUGUUGCAGUUACAGAAUAAUGUCCAAGAAAGACCAGUCUUUGCUUCAGCAGGUAUUGAAUACUGUAGUGGUCUUCUUUGCUGUAAAUUAAGCAGCGCUAAUCUGUUUCUCCAUCAAGCAUCAUUUCUUCAAAGCCCAAAGAACAAAUCCACAGUCUGAUCAGUUACAAUUCAAAAUGGCAGUCGUCAGAAACACUGCAGGUCACGCUACAAACACAGAUAAAUCUCUACCGCAUCGUGGAUUCAUUAUUUGAAAUAGUUACCCUUAGUUUGGCAGCUGUUUGACCUGCAUCUGACCCACAUUUUAUAGCUGGUCUUCAGGCUUGCCGAGUCAUGUUGUGUUUGAGAUGCUGAGCUCAUCACAGGCUACCCAGGCCCAGGGCAGGACAAUCACCCACAUACCCCUACUAUUUCUGAAAGGUCAAGUCUACUCAUCCCAGGCCACCCAUGCAGGCCCAGGGCAGGACAAAUUACCAACCUAUCCCACACUGCCUGACAGGUCAGCUUUGGCACACUGGCACAUGGAGCAUUACCACUGGGCACACACUAGUUCAAUCAACAUUGUUUCCACGUCAUUUCAACGUGGAAUAGACGUUGAAUUGACCUCCGUUCCCAGUGUGCCCGCGCUUUGGGAGGUCAGAGGUCAUGCUGAGGCCUCCAGUCUGAGCGAUGUGAAUUUGAGAAGGGCUAGAAAACAUUGUACCCCUACAGGGGUGCAGCAGUGUUCAUUCUACUCCCCAUCAUCAUCACUCCCUAAAUCUCACAGGUAUAACCUGUGGUAGGAUCUAUGCCUAUAUGGUAGUGUGUACUAUACUGUAGAUCUAGCUAGAACAGUCAGUACAAAGCCUUCUCCUCUUACAUAAAGGUUCACCUGACCCAAAGUGCCAUUGUCUCCAGGUGCCGUUGACGCCAUUCCAUUUGUUCCAUUCCAACCAUGAUUAUGAGCCGUUCUCCCCUCAGCAGCCUCCUAUGAUAUAAACUAUUGUAUUGGAUUGUCUUUACAUUUUGAAUAGCAUCACAUUUGAUUUGCAAUUGACAGAGCAGUGGUUCCCAAUACUGUUACGUGUGAAGGAGAGCUCAGGCUCCACAAUCUGGCUUCAACCUCCAUUAUGAGUGGCCGCUGUAUCUUUGCUUCGUGAAAAACUUUUUCAGAGCUUUUUUGACUAAUAAAAAAUCUGACCAUGGCCUUUUUUUUUCUUUGACAUUUCUCAUGCUUAUUAGACUUCAUUUGAGAUUACAAUAUUACAUGCUGUUGUUCGUUUACAACCUGCAGUGGGUAAUAUGUUAGGAUAGCAGCACCCUGGCUUGGCUACAUUGUCUGUAGACCUUACAGAAUGGGGACUAUGACUACACAUCCUACAAGUGCUGACGUUAAUUGAUAUGUUAUUAGCUAUACAAAGUUUCAGGCUGUUGUAGAACUGUUGCAAAUAGCUAGCCAACAUGGUUAUUGUGAUAUAAAGGGCAACUCUAUAGCCUCCAUUCACCAUGUGUCCAUUACUAUUAUUAUUCUCAGUAGAUAGAAGUUGCUGGCUGCUAUGGAUGAUGAUGGUUGAUUAUCUUACGGUGACCACACUAGGACAUGCCCCUGUCCACACUAGGACAUGCCCCUGUCCACACUAGGACAUGCCCCUGUCCACACUAGGACAUGCCCCUGUCCACACUAGGACAUGCCCUGUCCACACUAGGACAUGCUCCUGUCCACACUAGGACAUGCUCCUGUCCAUACUAGGACAUGCUAGUGUCCACACUAGGACAUGUUCCUGUCCACACUAGGACAUGCUCCUGUCCACACUAGGACAUGCUCCUGUCCACACUAGGACAUGCUCCUGUCCAUACUAGCACAUGCUAGUGUCCACACUAGGACAUGUUCCUGUCCACACUAGGACAUGCUCCUGUCCACACUAGGACAUGCUCCUGUCCACACAAGGACAUGUUCCUGUCCACACUAGGACAUGCUCCUGUCCAUACUAGGACAGCUUCCUAAUAGGACAAUGUAUCACCUACCCUCAAGCAUCACCACCAAGGGAGACAAGAUCUGACCCUGUAUCAGUGGUUAGGGACAACUUCUACCCACUCCACUCUUCUCAACUAGAGUCUGUUGCUGAAUGGUUUAAUUUGUUUGCCUCUGUACAAGGAAUUAGUAUUGCUCAGGGGCAUUCUCUCUCUCCGAUUCCAUUCUGCCAUUAUGUCAUGUUUUUGUACAAAAUCUAUAUUUAGCAUUGUUAAUAUUAUUGCUGUUCCUUAGAAAUAUUGCUCCUUUGUUUGCUCAUAAAAGUAUUGCAGUUGCA